AUGUCCAAUCCUAAACAAAUCGCGACAGCAUCGUCCAGCAGUUCAACUGCCUACGACAAUGCCGACGCAAAGGCUCGUCUCUAUGCCUAUGAGAUCCCGCCCAUGCCUCCGGGCGAAUACGAAAUCAUCACAACUCAAGAAGUCAAAUCUGGCAACGACACUGAGAAAUUAGUGUCAACGCAACCCGUCACAGUCAAGGCGUGUCAACCAUAUGCAAUACCACCAGAGCUCGUUCACUCAUUCUAUCCGCCAAAUCUGCGCACCGUGAGCGCAACUACACUUCCUCAUGUCGUUCUCAAAGGCGCGACACCUUGGGAGCGCUCACAAACACACAAGCCGGGCACUGCGCCGACUCCAUGGGUUGCGCUGCUUCUUUUUACAGACGAGGAUCUGUGUGUGCCUCCAGAAGUGACCAGCGCUGCUAAACCCUCUGGUACUCGAUCAUUCACACUUCCUUUGAGCCUUUUCAACAGUAAUCGCUCAAAGUGGUGUCAUAAGAAUGACUAUUCUGACGCUGAUGUCCCGGUCAAGAGUGAUGGAUCACCAGCUACUGCAGAUUUCCUGUUUGUCAAGAGCAGUGCGUUCAAGAUGUAUUUUGAGCGUCAAGACUCAACGGGCAAGACGGGGGAACAAGCUGGGGUAGACCUGGACCGCUAUAAACUACUCACGUACAUCACGGACAGUGGUGUCAAAGACGAGAGCGGUCAUGUAACGAACAAACUCAGCACGCUCAUCGGUCAUCGGGCGAGGCCCUAUACUUUAGGCGACCAGCCUGUCCAAGUGUACGCCCACAUCAUCUCGAUUGAGACCUUAGAUGGCCGUAUCGAUUGGAAGGCUGCGAGCCAGGCUUCAGCAACAAUCGCACUUGUCUCUCUGUUUUCCUGGACUUUUACCUGGGAAAAGAACAAUGCCUCUCAAGAUCUUGAGAUAUUUAAGCAUCUCGCAGAUCAGAAGAACAUAAGACCUCUGGCGAUCAAACUUCCUCUCACAGAUCCCAAUAAGCCAGAUGACCCAUCGACUGCAUGGGUUCGCCGAAGGGUCUCGGAGGGAUACACCAUUGUGCGCCAUCGGGACAUCGCUGGUGAAUCGUCCAUGGCGCUGUUUCGAGGACCGCUCAUCCCUGGUUUAUCGCGCAAAGCGCGCAUCAAGCCAAGUGUCCACGGAACCGAUCUACAGAUCAUCGACACAUCAGCGAGAAUUCUCGAUAUAUCGUACAACACGGCCUGGGAGCUAGGUCGAACACUGGCAGGUCGCGAUGCCAAGUUCUCAACGGCCAUUGCCUACCUCCGCCGAAAGCUGUGCAUGAAGGCUGUGACCAAGUCCAAGAUCUCAGAGAACGAGGAUGAGAAUGAGCAGUCAAAGCUCAUGCACAAGGCGGACGCCGUUGUGGAUAGUGCUUUAUCGAAACUCGAUGGGCUGUUCAGCGGCUCUGUGGCCGCAAAGAUGAAGGGUCUGCCGAGAGACGGGGAUUUGAGAUGGCAAGUCCCUACUCCUGCUGCGACAUCCAUGGCCGCAGCGCCUGGCGUGAUGACGUUUGAGAAAUUGCGCAGACAUCUUGAAAGUGCAGCAAAGCCCUAUAUUGAGGAGAAAACACGGGAACUUUGCCAGGCUACACCCGUCGUCUCUUCAAUUCCUCAGUUGGGACUCGUGUUCAAUUGGCUCAUUGACAAUCUCAUGUCUUUGAGACUAGUCCCAGCGACGUACCUUUUCCCAGACCCAGCUGUUCUUGCGAAAGAGAGCAUCAACUGCUUUCUCGUGGAUGAUACUUGGAUCGAUGCCCUUGUUGACGGCGCAAUGAGUCUAGCCAACACUAUGGGAGGAGGGAGUGAUCCUGUCCGCGAUCUUAUUCGCUAUGCCUUCAACCUGUAUCUUAAGGAUGCACCAGCUGAUCGUGUGCAAAUCGGUGGCUCAGGCUUCAUCGUCCGAAGUGGCAUCGUGGAAUCAUUCCCCGACCUCGAGAUGACCAUCACUACCAAACGUCCAGGGUCGAAAGAAGACACUCCACUAAGCUGCGCAUAUCGAACGCGCAACGAGGACAUGAUUCUCUGCCUCGUUGCAAGAGGCCAAGAACAGAAAUUGGUAGACUAUACCGUCAAGCUUAAACUACCACCACAUCAACAGCGAUACAGUUUGGGAGACGUCUACAAAGACUCGAUGGAGUUCACCUGCGAGUUGAAGCCAUUCUUGACGAUGACGGAUAAAUUCAGAGACGCUUGGCCAAAGGCUGAAGUGGAAAAGAAGAUCACUUGGAGUAGGACUGGUGUCAUCAGUCCUUCUGGUUUCCCCAUCAAGCCAAUCUGGAACCACGACACUGGUGUUCUGGCGCCUCAUCUCGUGGUCAAUAUGAUGGACCACUUUAUUGAUCAGAACAAAGACCGUGUCUGGGACAGGCCAGCGCCAGACUCGAAAGUGGUAUACAUCGCGACGCAGUUGCUGGAGCGCGAUCACAGCGUUACACUCGACUUCAAGGUGACCGCUGACAAAGAGAGCAAGCCCCGAGUCAUCUUCCCUGAGCAGCCGGAGCCCGAAGAAGAUGAUCGCGAAUUGGCAAUCAAGCAUCUUCCUGGGAAUACAGAAGCCAUCAAGUCGUGGUUCACAAAGCUGGCAUUUUCUCAAGACUCGCCGGGCCGCAGCAUACCACCGCAGUCCAACACGCCUCAAAACCUCGUCUUCUCCAUCAAAGCCAGCACCAAGCCCGAGAAUCUCCCAGCAGGCACAGAGGUAUUUGCCAUAGAAGUCACCAUCCCCAUUGGCGAAGAUCCAUCCCAUCUUCUCGACCAUCUAGCACCGCUGCCUUCUGUGCGCGCCAUCGGACCGAGACAGCAGUGGAUUGCGGCUACGACACAUAGAGCUGCUACGAAAGAGAAGGCUGCUGAGAUGGUGGUUCACCUGAAGCCUCGUGGGACGGCUGGAGGGGGCGCUACGUUUGCGGAGGGGUUGGAUGCGAGUUUCAUGCUGAUGAGGGCUACGGUUAAUGGUGUUGUGGGUAAUGACGUUGAGAUCAAGACUAAGGAGGUCUAUGGGAGGUGGGAGAAGGGUAAGAAUGCUGAGGGUAAGGAAGUUUCGGUGGUGAAGACAAUUGAGGUUAUGGAUAAAUGGACGCUGCGUAAGGAAUAA